AUCAGCGAGUGCUACGGUCCCGUGUUCACUGUCCACCUGGGCACUCGGAGGAUCGUGGUGCUGUGUGGAUAUGAGGCUGUAAAGGAGGCUCUGGUGGACCAGGCUGAGGAAUUCAGUGGGCGAGGCCAGCAGGCCACCUUUGACUGGCUCUUCAAAGGCUAUGUUGCCUCUCCCCCAAUUCCCUUCUCCCCCCUGUUCCCAGGUGCCUUCAUCGAUCCCACCUUCUUCCUGAGCCGAACUGUCUCCAAUGUCAUCAGCUCCAUUGUCUUUGGGGACCGCUUUGACUACGAGGACAAAGAGUUCCUCUCACUGCUGCGCAUGAUGCUGGGAAGCUUCCAGUUCACAGCUACAUCUACAGGGCAGCUCUAUGAGAUGUUCUCCUCAGUGAUGAAACACCUGCCGGGGCCACAGCAGCAGGCAUUUAAGGAGCUCCAGGGGCUGGAGGACUUUAUAGCCAAGAAGGUGGAGCAGAACCAACGUACACUGGAUCCCAACUCCCCGCGGGACUUUAUUGACUCCUUCCUCAUCCGCAUGCAGGAGGUACAUGCCAGCAGGCACUCCAACUCUGGUCUUUCAGACUCUAAGGGUACUGAAGUGUUUCCUAUGCUGGGCUCCGUGCUAAGAGACCCCAAGUUCUUCUCCAACCCUGGAGAUUUCAACCCUCAGCAUUUCCUAGAUGAGAAAGGGCAGUUUAAGAAGAAUGAUGCUUUUGUGCCAUUCUCCAUUG